CAAGGUUGGUGUGAUUUGAAGAACCUUGAAGAGAUGGACCUUUCUAGAAAUGAAUUGAUAGGGAUACUACCUCCUUGCUUGGCUAACUUGACAUCUCUUCGACUUUUGGAUAUCUCCCAAAAUCUAUUCACUGGAAAUGUUGCGUCUUCUCCCCUAAUUAAUCUUAUUUUGCUCCGAUAUCUCUCAAUUUCUACUAAUAAAUUUCAAGUUCCAGAUUCCUUCAAGUCAUUUGCAAACCAUUCCAACCUUAAAGUCUUCUUCAGUGAUUUCAAUCAAUUGGUUCCAGAACAUGAUCAUGUUCAAACAAGGGUUCCCAAGUUCCAGCCAAGAUUCCUUAGUUUGUCAAAUUGUAAGGCAAAUGAGGAACUCACUAAACCUCCUAGCCUUCUCUAUUACCUAUAUGACUUGAGAUAUGUUGAUCUUUCAUUUGACCAAUUUAUGGGAGCCUUACCUUAUUGGUUGUUUGAAAAUAAUACGAGAUUGCAAGUUGCUGUUAUGAAGAACAAUUCUUUCAUGGGUUCUUUCCACUUGCCAUCACGACCUAAUCUUGAUGUUCGGGAAAUAGAUAUUUCGAAUAACCAAAUACAAGGUGAAAUCCCAUUAAAUAUCAGUAUGAUUUUUCCAUAUUUAACAGGGUUAAUCUUGUCUGGAAAUGGCUUUGGAGGAAGAUUUUCCAAGUGGUUGGUUAGUAUGAACUCUUUAGAAUUUUUAGACUUGUCUAGCAACCAGUUCUCUGGAACAUUACCAAAAGAGUUUGUUACGGGAACAUCAUCAUUUCAUCUUAAACUUUCGAAUAACAACUUGACUGGGAAAAUACCUCCUGGUGUAUUUAAGUCUCAAUCAUUUGAGGCAUUGUAUCUGGACAGAAACAAUUUUGAAGGAGAGAUAUCCAAUGUCCACUUUUCUAGGUCUUCAUAUCUAAGAAUAUUGGACAUUAGCAACAACAAUUUGUCAGGAAAGCUUCCAAGAUGGACAAAGAAUCUCCUUGGUUUGCUUGAAUUGGAUUUAUCCAACAAUCACUUUGAUGGUUCAAUUCCAGAGGAAUUUUGCUAUAAUGCUGACCUUUGGCUUCUCGAUCUAUCUCACAACAAUUUAUCUGGGUCUCUACCACAUUGCUCUAGUCCAUCCUCACAAUCCUUAUCACAUAUCUAUUUGAGCAAAAAUAGACUAAAUGGUCUUCUAACACCUUCAUUCUUGAACAUCUCUUCAUUGGAGAUACUAGAUCUUGGAGAAAACAACCUUUCUGGAAGCAUUCCAAAAUGGAUCAGCAAUCUUUCUUCCUUGAGGAUCUUGCGUCUAAAAGACACUGGAGUUCUAGGUUAAGUGCUGUAUUUACCAUUUUUUUUUCUUUCGUUUUGGAACUGAUUUGCAUGAUGAGGUUGGUUUUUUUUCUUUUUUAUGUCUUUUUUUGGAGGUUUUGAGAGAAUGGUUAAGGUAGAUUAGAAGCUUUUUGUGUCAUGUACACCAGGUGUUUGAUAAUUGCUUGUGUGGGAUGGGGUUAUUUGCUUGUGUGGGAUGCGGUUAUGUUGUUUUUUCUAUUUUGGAGGAACAGUUCAUUGUUAUCCUGCAUUUUAUCUUUAAAGUUGCAUUAAGAGCUGGGUUAGGAUUCCUUUCAAUUUGUGUAAUGACAUAUUAAGUGUUUUUAUGUAUAAUAUAAAUUAUGCAUAAAAAC